CACAUUUCUACAGCGAUGACUAUUUUGUAGGCGGCCGGGGUGGAGAAGCGGGAACGUCAUUACUAGGAAGUUGGGCGGAAGUAAGCAAUGGACCGGAAGUUGCGCUACAGGCAGGGGAAGAAGGGGGAGCGAAAGGAACUGUAGUGAACGUCGGCAAUACGGGACGUCGAUCUAGCAGCAAAAUGACAACACUGCAGGAAACAGAAAACAUGUCAACUGACUAUGCCCCCUCACCCAUCCGUGGAUCUGGAGAUGGCAUGGAAACAGAGCAACCGCCUAAAUCUAUUGAAAUUGUCCACACCUCAACCAGCCGUGCCCAACGUAGCCCACACAAGAAAGCACUUCCUUCUCUAAGUCCUGGAGUUCUUCAGCUGGGAAAGAUACAUGGAGAUAAGGCAAUGGAAAUCGAAGCUGUACGAAUCCUGGUUCCUAAAGCUGCAAUUAAGCAUGUUGUUCCUACCAAAAAUGCAAAGGUGUCUAAGUCUGUAACACACCAAAGAGAAUUACUCAGCCAAUCAAGUGGAAUUUCUGAUAGUAAGAAAGAUCUACUAGAGCUAAAAAAUGCAAUUGAAAAGCUCAGGAACUCAGAAAGAAGAUUGCUGCAGGAUAAGGAAGGCCUUUCUAACCAGCUCCAUAUACAGACAGAGGUCAAUCGGGAGCUGAAGAAGUUACUUGUUGCUUCUGUUGGGGAUGACCUGCAGUAUCACUUUGAACGCAUGGCACGUGAGAAAAAUCAGCUGAUCCUUGAAAACGAGGCUCUGGGGAGGAAGGUGUCUCAGCUAUCUGAACAGUUAGAGAGGAUGUCUAUACAAUGUGACGUUUGGCGGAGCAAAUUUUUAGCAAGCAGAGUCAUGACUGAUGAGUUGACUAACUUCAGAGCAAUUCUUCAGCGUCAAGCCAGGGAUGCUCAAAGUGCAAUCCAAGAUCUGCUAAGUGAACGGGAUCAGUUCCGGCAAGAAAUGAUUGCUACACAAAAAUUGCUGGAAGAGCUGCUGGUUUCUCUGCAGUGGGGUAGACAACAGACUUACUAUCCUAGUGCGCAGCCUCAUAGUACAGCAGAACUAGCAACUGUGAAUCAUAAACUGGCUAGAGCAGUGACCUCUCAUCUUCUUGGAAAUGCUGGUGCAUCUAACAGUCCAAAAAAGAAUUCAUCACCUACAGAAUUCUGCAAUACUCCUGCUGAAAAAAUGGCUGAAAUGGUAUUAAGAAUGCUGGAUCCUGGUACCUGUACAGAAACAUCACCAGAGCUUCUUUUUUCUGAGUCUUCACCAACCUCUUUCCUUUCACCAAAGAAGAAUAUUGGACGGUUUCACCCAUAUACUAGAUAUGAAAACAUCACUUUCAACUGCUGCAAUCGCUGCCAGGGAGAACUGAUAGCUCUUUAAAAUUGGCCCUGUGCUCUAUAGCUAGAACUGUUGCAUCAGUACAUCUUUGCAGUGAUCUACACUGUGGGUUGGGCUACUUCCUGCUUUUAGGCUUGUCAAGCAGUUUAUCUGUCAGUCUGCCUCUUACAAGAUUGCAUCACAAUGCAUUAACACGAGCAGCACUGCCUGUUCUAGACAAGAUAACGCUAAAACUACAUUUUACACUGUAUCUAGUCCCUUAAAUUCACACAAUUUAUAAGUGUGAAUGCAAAAAAUAAGUCCCACAAGCAUCAGAUCUUGGACAGAAGUUGGCAACUGCUGUUCUUUGGUGAAAGUAACAAAAUGGCAGCGAGUACAAUGUUAAAUACUAGAUUUCUGUUUUAGCUAUUACAUUGACUGAACAAGUAAAAUCUUUUGAUUUUGAAGAAAGGGCAACUCUUAGGUAUAAACUGUUCAAAUAUCCUUUGCCUUGACUGAGACAAUGAAUUCUAAACUGUAUGAGGUGCUGCACAUGAAAUUGAAAGCAAAGAGUAACAGCAUACAUUUUGAGAAUACUAUAUACAUGAUUCUCAGAGUAUGACAUACCCCUAACACAGGCUUAAUUUUGUUUGAAUAAGCAUGUGUGGUGUUCCUAUAGAAAGCUUUUUCUGGUGCUGUUAGACACAGAAAGGCUGCUCUUCCAGCUGUAUCUCAAGGAAUCAAGAUCUAUAUGGCUAUAUUUUUUUUUUCUUUUACAGUACAGUAACUAUGUAAAUCAUGGAUUAAGAUGUACUUCUAGGUUUGGUUCACUGUAGUCUGGGUUAGUGACAACCUUUACAAUAAAUGUUAAUUGCAUUUUUUUUA